AUGGAUAAUAUUUCUGUUAGAAUUUUUACUCUCUCAGGGAUAAAUGAGACCAUAAAUUACAGACUCACUAUCUUUUCACUCACUUUUCUGUAUUACUGUCUGAUUUUGUUUCUAAAUAUUGCUCUUAUCAUGGUCAUUAUCUUUGACGAAAACUUGCAUCAACCGAUGUACAUCUUAUUGUGCAGUUUUUGCAUUAAUGGACUUUAUGGGACGACGGGUUUCUACCCCAAAUUCCUGUUAGAUCUGUUGUCUUCUUCUCAUGAAAUCUCAUAUGAAGGAUGUCUUUUACAGGCCUUUAUCAUGUACUCUUUUGCUUGCUGUGACUUGUCCAUUCUAGCCGUCAUGGCUUAUGACAGAUAUCUGGCUAUAUGUCGACCACUACACUACCACUCUCUCAUGAAUAAGAAGAGGCUGUCUCUGCUGGUAUGUUUCUCCUGGCUAACACCUUUCUGCAUUUUCUCUGUCAGCAUUAUAUUAACGUCUACUCUGAAGUUAUGUCAUUCGAAAAUUCCUAAACUCUUUUGUGUGAAUUGGAUAAUUGUUAAACUUGCUUGCCCUGACACUGAUACUAUCGCAAAUGAAAUUAUUUCACAGUUAACAAUUUUCAUAUAUGUGUCUCAUGGUUUUUUCAUAUUUUGGACUUAUAUGCAUCUUAUCAGAAUGUGUGUGAAGUCCAAAGAUGACAGGGUGAAGUUUAUGCAGACAUGUGUGCCUCAUUUAGUCUCUUUAAUCACAUUCCUCGUUGUGAUAGUUUUUGAUUUGAUGUAUAUGCGAUUUAGCCCCACAAAUAUUUCACAAAGCCUUCAAAACUUCAUCGCUUUAGAAUUUCUGAUCAUUCCUCCUGCCAUGAAUCCUCUCAUAUAUGGGUUCAAACUGACCAAAAUACGAAACAGAAUUUUGAGUUUAGUUUAUGUUGACAGAAAAUGA